AUGGAGUAUUCUUACUACAAGUUCCACCCGUAUAGGGAUUAUUUGGAAAGCCCUUACAGGGAGGAAAAAUCGAUUAAUAUUCGGGUAAGACCGCAGAAAGCUUGCGUAAAUUAAUCCACUUGGUUCUUCAAGAGUGGGCCAGAAAAUUUUCAUGUUAUUUUUUAAUAGAAGGUCUACAUAUCAUGUAUUAGACAUAAAGAUAAACUUUAGUAAGAGUGAUAUACAUUGUGACAAAUAAUAUUUUCGCUUUUGAAGAAUUAUAAUUUCCCCAUAGAUCCUAAUUUGACUGAAAAUUCUCAAAGUUCGAUGGACAAAUUUUGAUGAUACUUGGCACAAAUUGUGACUAGGAAUUCGUAUGUCAUAUUAAAAGUUUUUAGCCUGCAGAAACCGUUGAGAUUUUUUUGUGAUGUGCCAUGAGAUUCGCAGUUUUGAAGUCAUAUUACAGGGUGUACCAAAGAAAUGUAAACUUUUUUUUAUGGGUCCUGACGCAAAAAUGGUCAGGUGUAGCCAAAAAAGUUUAUAACCACAAAAUUCUCUGUGUUUUCUGUCCCAGUGGUUUGAUUUUCAAGCCAAUAUCGAUUAAUCGACCUGUUUUUUGAACUUCAAACGAAGGGACCUCGAUUUUGGACUUGUUUUUUGGAGCUGUUCGAACAGUUAAUUUUCAGGGGAAGUACCCCAAGUGCGACGCUCAGAUGUUGAUGAAACUUGGCACAAAUUUAGAAUAAUUUUUUCUAAGAUAUAUGCGAGAAUCCUAGCUCGCGCUUUGCAGAAACAACCGAGAUUUUCAGAUCGAAAGUCGGCGAAAAUUUAGGACUUUUUGCCGAAUUUCGGCACGAAAAGUUUCAUGCCUAUUUCUACCGUAAAGGAUAAUGUUUCUACAAAAAAUCAAAUUUUUCCGCGCGAAACUGCCAAAGUUAUGGACAAAAAACGUUCUUCUCUCUGACCGCUCUCCGCGUUUCGCGUACUCUCUCGGCGACGAAAACAGUUCCAUAUCUCGGUGGCGCUUGCAAAGUGCGAGCUAAAACUUUAAGGAAUCGAUAUUUAGUUUAUGCCCGACGCGUGUGAAAAAUUUAAAGAAAAUCUGAGCGUCGCACUUGGGGUACUUCCCUUGUUAGCCUUAAAAAAAUUCCUAAAAAAUCGUAGGUAUCUUUCUCUUUAUAUUGUAGAAAUUAUUCUUCACAAAAAAUUGUAUGUCGCCCUCCGGACCCUUCCAGAACUCUGAUUGGCCUUUCUCUGCAGAAUCCUCCUUUAAAUCUUAUAUGCAAACUACAUCCUUCACUAUUGUUAAAAAUAUUUUCUGCACUUGAAUACUAAAUAAAACACCUGAUGAUUUCACAAAAUACAAUUUCAGAGGGAUCCCCGUGGCACGUCGGAUCGACGGCAGCCAACGCCCACUCAAGCACAAGCGGCGCCUCAGGUCAAAGUUCAAAUCGCAACGCCUCACGACGACAUGGAGCGGGUUCGCGAGCUGCUCGUGGACAAAUUGGGAUCGGAAAAUGGGCUGUUACGGAGCGCGCUGGCGGAGUUCAUCGGCACUUUCUUUUUACUUGUAAGGCUUUUUCCUAUGCACAAAUUUAAAAAAAUUAAAAAUUAAAAUUUUUCUUGACCCCUCUGUAAACUGUAAAAUACAUUACAACAAAAUAUUUUUUUCAGUUUAUCGGCAUAUCAGCAAACAUCCAGUUCAAAGUCACAGACUCGCCGCCAACCUCGCUCCAGCUGGCUUGGGGAUUCGGGUUCGCAUUUGCCGUUUAUCUUGCAGCAAAUGUGUCAGGUAUGGUUCAUUCGAAAAACUGGUAAAGCUUAGGCCGAAAGCACUUCAAAUUUACAAAAAAUAUGACUUUGAUUAUUUCAGGUGCCCACGUAAACCCCGCCAUUUCAAUAGCCGCCUUGGUGAAUGGGGGCAUUGGAUUUCUCAGGUUUCUCAUUUAUUUGGUCGCACAAAUCAUCGGCGCUUUCGUUGGUUCGGCCGCUGCAUAUCUUGGACAUAUAGGUGAGGGAUUUAAAAUACGGUAUUCUAUAGAAAGUUUAUAAACCAAAAAAAAAUAAAAAAAAUCAUCAAGAAGUUAAAAUUUGAUUAGAAUUCUUUCACUAUAGCUACCGUAGCCCAUUUGUGUCAUUUGACAACAAACUCAUGUCUUAAUCUAAUAAUUAAUCUACCUAUUAUUCUCCUUCAGAUGACAUGAACUACCUCCAACAACGAGAAAACACGCUAGUGUCAAACAACUCCACAGCCGCGUUAUUUGCGACUUUCCCAUCGGACCACAUGACUGUCUAUGGAUCUCUUCUUGAUCAGGCAAGUCAAUAAACACUCUUACUCUACCUAGCCCUUACUUUGUACUAGAUAUCACGUCUAAUUUUCAGAUUAUGGGAACAGCAAUUUUAGCGUUAUGCAUAGAGUUGAUUGUGGAUAAAAGACAUCGAAUUCAUGGCGGUCUGAUCCCAUUGCUGGCUGGAUUUGUAAUGGCCAUGAUCUCAAUGACGUAUGGAAGUAACGGCGGAUUCGCAAUCAAUCCAGCAAGGUAGCGAAAUUGUUGGAUUUUAGCUAUAUACAGAGUGGGACCUGAAAUGCUUCCGUCUCCAAGUGAAAAAAUCCCGAUUUCUGGGCGCGUCCUUCAAAACGAUGUUUUUUCCACUUGGAGAGGGAAGCAUUUUGCCACAUUUUUGAUGCUUCCCGGAUGCAAAAUGGUACGUUUUUUGCCAUUGGAUCAGGUCCCUCACUGUAUUAUACAGGGUGUACCAAAUUCGGUGCCCGAUUUGAAUUGGCUAUAACUUCUUUAAUUUUGGGCCAAAUUAAAAAAAAUUUUUUUCCCCAGAAUCCCCAGACAACCCCAUUUUGUCUGAUACCAAAUAUGUUAUACAUAGGUAAGUGUCAUCUACAGUUAUUGGAUUUAUUCUUGGGGUUCAUUUUUUCGGUCGUUUUUCGGUUGUUUUUUCGGUCUUUCCCGGUGUGUCCGAAAAUGGAGUCCGGUGCGGAAGAAAAAUACGGUGGAAUUUCCCCUCCUGAAAAUCGACGAUGAGAAUAAGAACAAAAAGUGAAGAUCAACCUCCAGAGUUCGUCGAAUGGUCCUUGGUGAAGGCAUUCCCUCGGUUCUGGCCAAACUUCGUGUACUCAUAUGCGGAUUUUCUCGGAAUUUUGACAAAACUUCUUCCAUUUUCAGCUACGUUCGUACCCAUCUUUCCUGCUUUUUUUGUUUCCUGUUAACGCUGCCAGUCUCAAGGAACCUAUUCCACCAACGCCGAAAUGUCUUGCGAUCUGGGUUGGGCCUUACGUCCGUAUUUCAUCCUGUAUUCCCUUUGAACAUUUAUCGGCGAACCGUAUUUGCCAUUAACAAACCACAGACUAAGCUUUUUCUUCCACACCGUACUCCAUUUUCGGACACACCGGGAAAGGCCGAAAAAACAACCGAAAAACGACCAAAAAAAUGAACUUCAAGAAUAAAUCCAAUAACUGUAGAUGACACUUACCUAUGUAUAACAUAUUUGGUAUCAGACAAAAUGGGGUUGUCUGGGGAUUCUGGGGAAAAAAAAUUUUUUAAUUUGGCCCAAAAUUAAAGAAGUUAUAGCCAAUUCAAAUCGGGCACCGAAUUUGGUACACCCUGUACAUGGUCAAGUCAAAAUUCUUACUUUGAAACAAGGCUGAUAGAAAUUUUAAUUUUAUCAUCAAUGUCAUUAUAAAGUCAAAGGAUAUUAUUCAUGAUAAAAUUGACAUUACUCUUCUAUUUUCAGAGAUCUCGGGCCUCGCCUGUUCCUCCUCUGCAUCGGCUAUGGCUGGAGCCUAUUUACAAUCUACGACUACUACUUCUGGAUCCCAAUCGUAGGCCCCAUCAUUGGCGCUUUGAUCGGAUCCUGGGUUUACAAACUCUUCAUUGGAAUCCACGGACUGAACGAGGAGAUCCCCAUUUCCAAGCAGCAAAAAGUCAGUUCAACGCCCGUUACAUCGAUCCAAACGGUGCAGCCUUUCGCCAACUCUUAUGGCCCUCACAUGUCCGAAUACGACAGACAUGCCUAUAAUGGGCCGGCUUACUCGUCCAACUAUCGCUGAUCCCUGUUUUGCUCUAAAUUUAUAUGUACAUUUCCCGUUUCCUUCCAGGUUCAUUCUCUGCCUUUGUUUGUGUUUCGCUCGGUGCAUAAAUACAACCACUUUUUUCAAAGUAAUUUCGCCUAUUGGCAAUGAUCUAAACUUUGCUUACUGUCAAGUGUAAUAUCAGCUAAAAUUGAUGACAGCUCUAAAUUUUCCAUCAUAUUUCCUUCAAAUUUUGAGAGAUCUAACCUUGGCAUAGCAAGUAUUUAACUCUAGAAAUUUUAACAUUUGCUUUACAGGUAAUACUGAGAUGUUGAGAGCUGAAAAUGGACUAGUGACACAAAUUAAUGGACAAUUAUUGAGUUUUUGACGCUGAUUUUUGCAGUAAAUCGACUCGGCCGUUUGUUUUGAAUAAAAUUUUUCUUCGCUAAAUCUUUGCUUUUCUCCUGCAAACUAAAAAGUCAACUUUUUUCAGCAAAAAAGUUCCCAAAAAAAUAUAUGUUUCUUUUUUAUGGCACAAAAUUUAUAAACCCCUCAAAAAUUUCAGUCCGACUCGACCAAGUCCCUGAUCGAGCCCCAAACUCUUUCCUGGCGUCAAACCACCAUUCCGCCAUUCCCGGCCGCCUACAGUAAGCCCACCGAAACCGAGCCGGCCCGGACUCCCAGCUUCUUCCGCGACAUCCGGCGAGAUUUCGAUCACCGGAAUGCCGAGGAGAAAGUGAUCGAUUUGACGACGGAGGAUUCGUUCAAAAGAACGCGAGCUCCCUCCCCUCCGCCUUCGCAUGAACCUCCGCCACCACCAGUCUCAUCGCCGGCAACUGAGCCCGAGGGUCUGAGGAGAUUGUUUGAGACGGAUCGGCCGGUUCCAUUUUAUCGGAGUGUCUUUGAAAAGAAGGCCGAUGGACCGUUGCCGACGAUUAUGGAGGUCCAAAGGAAGGCUCCAGAACCUGUGAUUUCUACAACUACACCGGCAAGACCUUGGGAAAGGGAUGCGUAAGUCAUUUUUUUAAUGUUUUGACGAGUUAUGAGACUGAGGGAAAGACUUGACACUUUUGUGUCAAGUGUUCUUCUCUGCCUAAAAAUCAUGAUAUUUGAAUGGAAGUAGAUAGUAUGGUUGAAACAAAACACCAACAACCUAUUGCCGUAUUUUACAUUGAUUUUCUAACAAUUUUUAAGGGAAAAUUUUUCGAAAAAAUCGAGACUUCUUCGUUUUCCAAAAAAUAAUAUAACUCUCCCUCCUUUCAGUGAGCGUUACUCCUCCGCCGCGCCGUCCGAAGCCUCCGUCCCAAGCCAACGCGCUCCGGCGCCCCCACAAGCCCCGCCUAGACUCCAUCAACAGCCCGAGAGUUCCAGUUCGUAUCAACGCACCGACCGGGAUCACAUCCAAGUCAGUCUAGCCUAUUACCGAAACGACUAA